AACUUUUCAGUCCAGCUCGAGCCAAGCCUUUCAGCGUUCUGACUCGUCUCGGCUCGAUUACAUCUAGACAAUAGACAUACACGAAUAAAAAUACAUGACAAGAUAGACUUACAGAGACAGACGUAAUACCAAGCAGGACGACGGCGAAGGACCAGAAAACUGGAGGCGGUGAAGAUAAGAAGGGAAAGGCUUCAAGAUUUUAUAAAACCAAGCAGCCCCUUGAAUUUGUAGCUCAUAAAUUCGUCUCUGGUGAUUGGUGGCAUCGUACUUGCAUAUGAGGAUGGCUUCGUUGAAUACUAAUACCAUUGCUAGUCCUGGCACACUGCCGCUAGUUAGUGCAGUCAGUAGGCAACCCAAGUAUAUUGAUUCAUUGAAGUUCAGUCCCCUUUCUGCUCGGCCUCGUGUAUCUGAUCAAACACAUGCCAUCUCAGUUUCUAGCCAAAGGAAGCCUGCUUCUAUAAUAUGCGCUGCUGCUCACAAUGCAAGAUGUUCAGCAGAGCAGACCCAAACCGUGACGCGGCAGUCGUCCACCAUAACUGUUGCUCCAAUACAAGGUAAGGAGAAGUCUCCAGAUCUUGAUGAUGGCGGCGAUGGGUUCCCUCCUCGUGAUGAUGGAGAUGGAGGUGGUGGUGGAGGCGGAGGAGGUGGUUGGUCAGGUGGUUUUUUCUUUUUUGGAUUUCUUGCUUUUCUAGGUCUAUUGAGGGAUCAAGAAAGUGAAAGUCCUUACAAGGAUUGAUCAGUGAAGUAUCCAGUUACAUAGAAACUAUAUAUCUUUCAUAGGAUUUUGUGAGUUUGGAUAUGGAAACAUGUAUCUUAUUUUAUUGUUGUAUUCUUACAAAUUACAACUUAUAACAUACCGAAGAAUUUUUAUUAUGCAGCAUCUUUCCGUUGA